AGCGAAACAGAAUCGGUAGAGACCCGUAUCUACACAGCGGUCUGUCUCUCUCUAGGCCGGCCGCUAACUUCGCGAGCCGCGAGCAAGCAGUGUCUCUCAGUCAGUUCGAACCGAAGUAUCGAGGGUUACGUAGCGCAUCGCGCGUAUCGGACAGAUCAGACCAGAUCGAAAAAAUCCGCACGAUCCGGUUAUCCGUCGUCGGGGGCGAUUUUUUCCCACCGCCAAUCAUUACAUCCCUAUAUCAGUGUCGAUACAGUUGUUGCAGGUACGGGGACAUUGCCGUGCGUGAUUUAAAAGGGUUAAAAAUACAAGAGAAAAAUACAGACAAAGAUACGACAGUAAGUCGACUCGAGUUGUUACUUAUAUUAAGUAUUAUCUCUGUGUAGCGCCGCGACACAAGGAGACUAAAAAUAGAGGAGGCUGUGUGUUAAAUCGGUGGUCACGUGAGCCAGUGUGUUGUCUGCGAGAUGUUAGCUCGCCUCCAGCAGCAGCCUACGCCACUGGACCGAGGUGUCGUUUUGGGGGAGGUGUGUCGCCGCUAGCCGCGCUCUCUUUCUAACACAUGGUGUUGCUGGAGGUUUAGCCGAGGGGAAGCCCGGCCAUGAGCCUCGGCCUGGCUUCUCUGUGGAUCGCAUUGCCUCUCUUCGUCUGCCUCCUUGCUCUGUCUCCCGGAGUCCAUCCGUUGCUGCAUCCUGAUUGGUCGGCCGCUACCACUACCAUACCAGACGAAAUCUUCGAUAACGGAAUUCAGUACAGUAGUGACACAGGUAUCAGAACCGAGGAACGUGUUCCUAAAGUGGGCGAUCUGAAAAAGGAACCACCCGCCGAAAAUGUCAAGCUAGUGCUGGGCUACCUCACAGCUGUCAAAGGCGAACUGAAAGAACGACAGGGCCUGGCCAUAUCCGGGGCCAUCUUGAUGGCAGUAGAAGAGAUUAAUAAUGAUCCUGACAUCUUGCCCAACAUUACCCUGGAGCUGAAAUGGAACGACACCAGAGGGGAUACCGUGGUAGCCACCAGGGCAAUGACAGAUAUGAUAUGCGAAGGAGUAUCUGCUUUUUUCGGACCGGAGGGAUCUUGCUACGUGGAGGCAAUCGUUUCACAAGCCAGAAACAUUCCUAUGAUCAGUUAUAAAUGUUCAGACUACAAGGCUUCCAGCGUUCCUACCUUUGCCCGUACCGAACCACCAGACACACAGGUCACCAAAUCCAUCAUUUCCCUGCUCAAGUACUACAACUGGAACAAGUUCAGCAUCAUCUACGAGGAAGGCUGGGAUACAGUGGCGCACUCGCUGGAAUACGAGACAAAAGGGAAGAAUAUGUCGGUGCAACACAAGAAGAACGCUAGGGAUAGGCAUAAGUGUUGUGAGAACAGGUUGAAGUGUUGUCAGACUGGGUUUUGGUACGAGUUCAUUCAGGAUACGAAAAACAGGACAAGAAUUUACAUCUUCCUGGGCACUUCCAUAUCGUUGGUAGACUUCAUGGACACCAUGCAGAGAGCUCAGCUGUUCGAAAAUGGCGAAUACAUCGUUAUUUAUGUGGAUAUGAACACUUACAGGCAACAGGAAGUACACAAAUACAUUUACAAAUUUGAUGAGCUGGAAAAAUACAAAAGCUGUAGCGAACUAUCGGACUACGACAGUUUACAAAAAAGAGUUCAAUCUUUAUUUGUGGUCGUACCGACGGCUCCUGCGGAGAACUACACGAAUUUUUCGAAGAAAGUCAGAGAAUACAAUGAAAAGAAACCUUUUGACUUCAAAACCACCACACAUUUCCCGAAACAAUUCGAAAAAUUUGUCAGUAUCUACGCAGCAUAUCUCUAUGACUCUGUGAAGCUGUAUGCUUCAGCAUUACACCAUCUGCUUGCCAAGGAACAACCAUUGAACGAAACAGGUAUUAAGGAGAUUGCGAGUAAUGGUACACGGAUUAUUGAAACCAUCAAUACCAUCAAUAAGACCUACAAAAGUAUAACAGGAGCUGUAAUGAAGCUAGACAAGAACGGUGACUCCGAGGGCAAUUUUUCUGUGCUGGCCUUCAAAAAUUGUAGCAAACCCGUGUACGUUGGCGGUAGCAAUAAUUUUAGUUGUCCCUUCCACAUGGUACCAGUUGGUCAGUUUUUUCAAUCUGAAUUUCUACAGACAUUGUCGUACAAAAUCAACCCAAGUGCAGAAGUUGACUGGGCAGGUGGUGAAAAACCAAACGAUGAACCCAGCUGUGGGUUCGACAAUAAACUCUGCCCCAAAUCGAACACCCACAGAGACAGCAUAAUAGCCGCUGCAGUACUGGCGGUACUACUGUUUUGUGCUGUAGUCAUCACUGUCAGCAUCUACCGAAAGUGGAAGAUAGAGCAGGAAAUAGAAGGAUUGUUGUGGAAGAUUGACAGAGACGAUAUUCAGAGUUACUUUGACAAAGACGCUUUAAUAUCUAGUCCAAGUAGAAUCAGUUUAGCUAGCGCCAGUGUGACGUCGUACGAGUCCAAGAUAGGCUUGCAAGUGUUCACGACCACGGCCCACUACAGAGGUGUGAUGGUCAGGAUCAAGGAGCUGACGUUUUCCAGGAAAAAGGACAUUUCCAGGGAAGUGAUGAAGGAGAUGAGACUGUUGCGUGAUCUACGUCACGACAACGUGAAUUCUUUCAUCGGGGCUUGUGUCCAACCCACCUCUUUACUCUUAGUUACCGAUUAUUGUGCCAAAGGAAGUAUAUAUGAUAUCGUCGAAAACGAGGAUAUCAAGCUAGACAAGAUGUUCAUAGCAUCGCUGGUCCACGAUCUGAUCAAGGGCAUGCUGUAUCUCCACAAUUCCAUGCUGGGUUGUCAUGGAAACUUGAAAAGUUCGAAUUGCGUUGUUACUAGUCGCUGGGUGCUGCAAGUAGCUGACUUUGGAUUGGCCGAAAUGAGGCAUUGUGCUGAGAACGAUAGCAUAGGAGAGCAUCAGUACUAUCAAAGUUUGUUUUGGAAAGCUCCGGAAAUUCUGAGGCAUCCCAGCGUCUAUAUCAGGGGCACUCAAAAAGGAGACGUUUACGCUUUUGGUAUUAUUUUAUUCGAGAUGUUGGGCAGAAGAGGACCUUUUGGUAUUACAGGAUUGGAACCAAAAGAUAUAAUUGAGGCAGUGAAACGGGAGCCUUUCGAAGGUGAAGAACCUUUCAGGCCCUUGGUGAACAUCCUGUACGAUUCCGAGAAUGGCUGUGAUGAAUCGGUACUCCAAGUGAUGAGGGAGUGUUGGAGUGAGUACCCCGAGCAAAGACCUGACUUUGCUACCAUUAGGACCAGAUUGAAACGAAUGAAAGAGGGAAAAAGCAAAAAUAUAAUGGACCAAAUGAUGGAAAUGAUGGAAAAGCAUGCCAAUAAUUUAGAAGAAUUAGUGAAUGAAAGGACCAGGCUACUGUACGAAGAAAAGAAUAAGACAGAAGACUUACUACAUAGAAUGUUACCAAAACCCGUAGCAGCAAGACUAACCAAAGGUUACGGCAUUGAACCGGAAUCCUUCAAUUUGGUCACUAUCUACUUCAGUGACAUUGUGGGAUUCACCGCUAUGUCAGCCGAAAGCACACCCCUACAAGUGGUUCAGUUUUUGAACGACCUGUAUACAGUUUUUGACAGAAUCAUCAAAGGAUAUGACGUGUACAAAGUUGAAACGAUCGGAGAUGCGUACAUGGUGGUAUCGGGACUUCCAAUAAGAAAUGGUGAUAGGCAUGCUGGUGAAGUAGCCUCUAUGGCUUUGGACUUGCUCUCGGCUGUGAAAAAGCAUUCCAUAGCCCACAGACCCAACGAAACUCUGAAAUUGAGAAUAGGAAUGCAUACAGGCCCAGUGGUCGCUGGAGUUGUCGGUCUCACCAUGCCCCGAUACUGUCUCUUCGGGGACACAGUGAACACCGCCUCGCGCAUGGAGAGCAACGGGGAAGCCCUGAAAAUCCACAUCAGCCUCCAGUGCAAAGACGCCCUCGAAAAACUAGGUGGCUACGUCAUAGAGGAACGAGGAUUGGUCAGUAUGAAGGGCAAGGGAGAAGUUAAAACCUUCUGGUUGGUUGGGGCGACGGACCAAGCUAUCCAGAGACGCGAGGUUGACUUGACUGAGCUGCCUCCUUUGUUCUGCAGACCUAGGAGAAGUCCAAAGUUGAAUAAUGACUCCAGGCAGCCUUCAAUUUGUGGAGGGUAUGGUGGGAUAACCAGUAGAAGACAUUCUAGUGUUCCUAGAGGCACCAACGCAGAGUUCGACACAUGGUCGAACUGUAGCCCUAUCAUUCAACGCCCUCUGCUCACAGUAACCGGCACAAAUCUGCUCGUUCCAGAAGCCAUCGGGUCCAAAACCACCAUCAACACGGCUUUUGGAAGCCAGGCAAUCGACCUCAUCGACCACGAAGGCAAUAGACCCAAACCCAGACCCAGAAGGAUACUGUCCAGUAUAGCUUCCAGUUCUGACGAGCCCCACAAGAGUCGGAACACUUUGAAUAAGGUCAGGGAGUCGAAAUCUUUGGAUCCUUUACCUCUGGUUCGAAGACCAACAGCUACAGCAUCGGAGUUGAUCGAAAACUUUAUCAGGGGGACGAAGAGAUCAACAAGAAGUCUGGAUAAUUGUGAAAAGUGUGGUGGGGAUAUUCAGAUCAUUGCCAUACCCAAAGACAAACUAGUGAACAACAAUAUACGUAAUGGAAACCUUUUAACAACGCAAGAAGAACAGCUUUUGGGGGCUUUUGUUGAAGAUGCCCAGAUGCCGCUGUUGACACCUCCUCAAAUUCCUAAUCCGGUCGUGGUCAGGAGGAGAGGCGGUAGUGACGUCAACGAUUUUCCUGGAGACUCAACCAAACAGAAAUUGUGCCAUUCAUUGGACGUGUUACCAACGGGUGAUUCCCCUAGCAGGCCCUUACAGAAAACAUCAAUCAAAAAAUGGCUGGUAGGUAUUUUCAAUGGGAACAGCUUUAAAUCGAGCAAUGCCUCCUUAAGAAAAGGCAUCAACGAUUACAACAACCUUCAGCCGGACAAAGAGAGCAUAGUUUGAGAAAAGAAGUCUCAAGACAUCUUGAGACUUGAAAAGGAAAAGCAUUUUUUUAAUAGCAGGGAUUCCCCGGUCAUUGGAGCACGCAGUCAAAGUUUACUAGCUCAAAAAAGAGGCAGUAUUUGUUGAAAAAAAUAAUAUUUUCUCUAUAAUUAAGAUGUUUAAAUUUUAAAUGCUUAUUCUGCAAGUCUGUGACUCAGAUAGUUGCAAAAUAAAGUGGAUUGCUGUCUUCUGGAGUUCUAGACUAUUCUUGAUUUUCUUUUUAUACAUUCAUAUGAUUAUACACACACCGGAAAAAUCUAGGGAUAUUACAAUUUUAUCCAACCAUCGUCAGUAAUUUUAUUAAUUGCAUUUCUGAUAUAAUAAAAUUAAAA